CAUUCACAUGAAAACCCUCCCCUUGUCCAACCCUUCUGGAAAGAUAGUUUAUUGGCAUAUACUUAAGCAUAAUAGUAUCUGUAAAUGGCGAGCUCUCACUCUCAGUGCUUGGAGAAUCCGCCGGACCUGAGCUCGACAAGUGGGAUAGGAAGUGUCCAAGAGCUUGGAGGCCUAAAGGCCUAUGUCACUGGACCCCAAGAUUCCAAGCUUGCAAUCCUUCUCAUUUCUGAUGUUUUUGGGUAUGAAGCUCCGAAUUUGAGGAAACUUGCAGACAAAGUGGCAGCUAAUGGAUUUCUAGUGGUGGUUCCUGAUUUCUUCUAUGGUGAUCCUCUUGAUGUUGAUAUCCCUAACGUGGACUGGCAAUCAUGGCUGAAGGUUCAUGGCACGGAUAAAGGGUGUGAAGAUGCCAAGCCAGUAAUAUCUGCUUUAAGAAGCAAAGGAGUAACUUCUAUUGGGGCUGCUGGUUUUUGCUGGGGCGGGGUGGUAGUCGUAAAACUAGCAAGGUCCGAUGACAUUCAGGCUGGAGUGGUAUUACAUCCGGGACCCAUCACAGAAGAUGAUAUCAAUGAGGUUAAGUGUCCAAUUGCUAUAUUGGGAGCCGAGAUUGACAAUUCGUCGCCACCUGAACAAGUGAAACACUUUGGGGAGAUUCUAUCAGCAAAAUCUGGGGUUGAUAGCUUCGUGAAAAUAUACCCUGGUGUAAAACAUGGAUGGUCGGUAAGAUACAGCGAUGAUGAUAAAUCAGCAGUCAAGAGUGCCGAAGAAUCCCAUGAGGACAUGCUAAGCUGGUUUACUAAAUAUGUCAAGUGAAGAAGUAUUCUCGAAACCCCAGAAAAGAAUGCGGCAAGCCCAAAAAUUUUCGGUCUGUGGGACUGGGACUAGCAGUCAAGCCCCAACGUACGACAUCUGAAUGAAGUGAUACGUUCUUUCGCAUUAUUGUUCCGUCUGUCAUAAAGAAUGAACCACGUAUAUGUAAAUCAAUCAAUCUAUAAUAGCUUCAUGUUUCUAGAAAA